AUGCGUUUGGACGUGAAGAGACAGCUCUUUGCGCGAUCGGAGCGAGUCAAAGGAAUUGACUUCCAUCCGACCGAGCCAUGGAUCCUCACUACACUCUAUAGCGGUCAUGUCCACAUCUGGUCAUACAUUUCCCAAUCGAUCGUAAAAACCUUCGAGCUCACCGAUGUGCCCGUCCGUGCCGGUCGAUUCAUUGCUAGAAAGAAUUGGAUUGUUGCUGGUUCCGAUGAUUUCCAAUUGCGUGUCUACAACUACAACACCUCUGAGAAGGUGACGUCCUUCGAGGCGCAUCCGGACUACAUCCGUGCAAUCGCCGUACACCCUACACAGUCAUUUGUCUUGACCGCUAGUGAUGACAUGACCAUCAAAUUGUGGGAUUGGGACAAGGCAUGGAAGUGCGUCCAGGUAUUCGAAGGCCACGGCCACUAUGUCAUGGGCAUCGCCAUAAACCCCAAGGAUCCUAACACGUUCGCAUCGGCAUGUCUUGAUCGCACAGUCAAGAUCUGGUCCCUGGGCAGCGCAACCCCCAACUUCACCCUCGAAGCGCACGAAGCCAAGGGUGUGAACUUCAUCGACUACUAUCCUCAAUCGGACAAGCCAUACCUUCUCACAACCUCCGAUGACCGCACAGUCAAGGUCUGGGACUACACGACGAAAGCACUCAUCGCGACGCUCGAAGGCCACACUUCGAAUGUGAGCUUCGCGGUAUAUCACCCCGAGUUGCCUGUGAUAAUAUCUGGUUCCGAGGAUGGCACUAUCAAGAUCUGGCAUUCGUCCACCUAUAGAUUGGAGCAGUCCCUGAAUUAUGGUCUGGAGCGAGCCUGGUGUGUGGCCUACCAAAAGGGCAAGAAUGGAGUUGCUCUCGGUUUCGAUGAUGGAGCUGUGGUCAUCUCCAUGGGUCGGGAGGAACCCGCUGUGAGCAUGGACACAACUGGCAAGGUUCUGUGGGCAAGGCACAACGACAUCCUUACCGCCGUGAUCAAGGGCAACGAGAAGCUGAAGGAUGCCGAGCGUCUGACCCUUCCGACCAAAGAUCUUGGAUCCACCGAGAUAUACCCCCAAUCGCUGCUCCACUCUCCCAAAGGACGUUUCGUGGCAGUCUGUGGUGACGGCGAAUACAUCAUUUACACGGCACUCGCCCUUCGUAACCAGGCCUUUGGCUCCGCACUGGACUUUGCGUGGGCCUCGGCGGAGCAUGACAAGGAUUAUGCCAUUCGGGAAUCAGCCACGAGUGUGAAGACCUUCAGGAAUUUCAAGGAGCGAAGCGUUCUCAAUGUUGGAUUCUCGGCGGACGGUUUGAGCGGCGGUAUUCUCCUUGGUGUUAAGGGACAGGGUGGCAUUGGUUUCUUCGACUGGGACAGUGGUGCGCUCGUCCGAAGGAUAGAAGUCGAACCGAAGAACGUGUACUGGUCCGAAAGUGGCGAGCUCGUCACACUCGCCACCGAGGAUACCUUUUACGUUCUCCGGUAUUCAAGAGAGAAUUACCUUGAAGCCGUUCAGAAUGGCGAGGUCGACGAAGAUGGCGCCGAAUCCGCUUUCGAAGUUGUUUGCGAUAUCAACGAGAGUGUCCGAACUGGCACAUGGGUUGGCGACUGCUUCAUCUACACCAACAGCACCAACCGCCUUAAUUACCUUGUAGGUGACCAAACCUACACCAUCUCCCACUUCGACGCACCGCACUAUCUUCUUGGAUACCUUCCUCGUGAUUCAAGAAUCUACGUUGCCGACAAGGACGUCAACGUCGUUUCUUUUGCCCUUUCCCUCGCCGUUGUCGAGUACCAAACACUUGUUCUACGCGGUGAUCUUGAGGCCGCCGAAGAGAUUCUGCCUUCCGUACCUAAAGACCAGAACAACAAGAUCGCACGCUUCUUGGAAGGCCAAGGCUACAAGGAGCUUGCGCUCAAGGUUGCGACUGACCCUGAGCAUCGCUUUGAUCUAGCUCUGUCACUGGGUGAUCUCGAGCAAGCUGUCGAGAUUGCCCGAGAGCAAGAUACUGAGCACAAGUGGAAGACUGUCGGCGAUGCUGCUCUCUCAGGAUGGGACAUUAAGCUCGCCCAGGAGUGCUUUGUCAAAGCAAAGGAUCUGGGAUCUCUUCUACUCGUCUACUCGGCUACCUCUGACGCGGCUGGACUUCGAGAACUUGCACAGCUUGCGGAAUCCGCCACAGCAAACAACGUUGCUUUCUCUGCCCUCUGGCAAGUUGGGGAUGUCCAAGGCUGCAUUGACCUAUUGGUCAAGACAAAUCGCCUUGCGGAGGCAGUCCUUUUCUCACAAACGUACAAGCCGAGCGCUACUGCUUCGCUAGUGAAGCAAUGGAAAACGAGUCUCGAGAAGGACAACAAAUCCAAAGUCAGCAGGCUUCUAGGAACACCCCCGCAAGACGGCGAGGGAGAUGCGGAGAUGUUCCCCGAGUGGGACGAAUACCUUCGCCUGGAAAGAGAAGGAGGCACAGUAGAUGACCUUGUUGAUAUCAAAGAAGAGCCUGCUGAUGAUGCUGAUGAAGAGAUUGUUGCGGAUGAAGACGAGGAGGAAGAGGAUGAUGAUGAGGAGGAAGAUGAUGACGAGGACGAUGAGGAUGAAGAGGAGGACGAGGAGGAGACGACCGCAAAGAAGGCAUAA